AUGCGACCGGCUCUCCUUCGAUUACUGAAGAGACCAUCAGCUCUCUCGGUUCUCGACUCUUUAAUAUCGGCGCCCAUUGGAAUUGAACAGCUAGAAUCAAGAUACAAAUGCGAGUGUUUACGAAGCUACAGACAAGCCUCACGGCAAAGCCGAAGCGCACAGCCGGUCGAAUCGGAACAGAUAACUAGUGCUGAUUUUGGUACACGACCUGCGCGACCACCGCUUAGUUUUCGUGUAUAUGAGAUACAAGCGCCACAGGCACAAUCGAGGAACAGCGGACAGACAAAUGAUGUAUCUUCUGGCAUAUAUGCUGCUGACUCACCACGGGGCUUAUUAUUACAGCCGGAAAAACUGGAAUUCGAGUCGGAUAUAGGACACACCAAUGACAUAGGAAGUCGUCUAGUUGACGACCCGGACCGGCGACACGACUUCGCUCUCUGGGAGGAAUUGCUCCGCUACCGACAACGGCAUUAUGGAGACCGAGGCACUUUGGAUAUUUGGGAGGGCUUAAUGACCCGAGUGGAAGGAGUACAGCUUCCUGUUUCUGGGGACACAGCGGACUUUUUCUGGCAAAGCUUUGUGGAAUUGGGUUUGAAACAGGAAGUUAUACUGAAGGAGCUGGCAGACUAUGCUUUUGAGCUAUGGGUCAAAACAGGAAGGCGAUGGGACAGGUUCUACGAGAGUAUCGUGGGAGGGUUCCUCGAACGUGGCUUGGCGCAGCAAGCAGUGGAAUGGCACAAACGGCUUCGAGAUCCCCAUUUGCCCUGUCCGAAUGACGUCCUAAGUGUUCUCAAACCGGCUAUAAAUUCGUCCAACCCAUUAUAUACUGCAUCUACCAUCCCGUGGAAGCCCAAACGUCAUUUGAUACCCGCGGGGCUAAGGGCCUUCGAGAGUAUAUGCCGUGCUACACACGGUCACAAAAUCUACAGCCAAGCCAUAUCCACCGUGCUACAGAGUGAUUACAUCGACUAUGCCCCUCGAAUACAUAAACUUCUUAUCGAGCGGGGUGACCAUCCGCAGUCCUACGAGGACAUUCAGCCACUGAUCGAGCACACAAAUGAGUGUGGCUCUCCUGGACUUAUUCAGAAGCUCCGUCGCUAUGCUAGCAUUCGAUUCCCCGACCAGGUCGAAGCGAUCAGCGAAGACGAAUCUGACCCAAGAGAUGAGUUGGCACGGCAGCCAGAGGACCAACAGUCAGAAUCUCGUGGAAAAGCCUGGCUAGAGGAGAAGCCUUUCAAGGAUGACUUCGGUGCUAGACUGUUCGCUACAAAAGCUCUUAGGUUUGAAAUGAUUCUCUCUGGAUUACGAAUGUUCGGUGUGACGACCAUCGGGCCUCAGUCACUGCGCGAGAUGGCUACCCGAGCGCAUGGUUGCCAGGACAUAGCUGAUAAGCUCCAGGAGCUUCAGAAAGCAGGGAUUUCCGUAGGCGACAGUGUAUUUGUACGCCUCCUUCACAAGUUAGCGACGGAAAACCGUGAUAUCCUCCUGUCCGAUCUGCUUAACAGUGACCAGCAUCCGGAUGUCUUAGAGGACGCUCAGCUGCAAGAGUCGUUGUUGUUAUCGUACUAUGUUGCUCGCGACUGGCGUCCGUACAACCUGACUUUGGCUAUUCUUGGCCAGAUAUUCGAGGACAAAUCGGACCUUGCCAACGUUCAUUUUCGGAAAUUUUUGGCGGCCGGGGAGUGGAAGAUGGCGAUUCAAGUUGUUGACAACAUGGCCCUACGCGGCGCGACGCUGUCUCAAGAGAGCAUUGACUUCAUCGCUGAACGUGUUCUCAUCCCCCGUGCACCAGGAAAACCGCCUCGGCGCGACGAUAUUCCUGCUACAAGAGAAAUCAAGUUUGUUUCUCACACCCUGCGGCACGGUACCUCUAACGGCGACCUGGCGGUUACUGAGCUCUGGGUUGAGGUGCUGAAGCGCCUAGGGAUGCUUAACCUUUGGGAAGAACUCCGGAAAUGUUGUCUAUGGCUAGCCCGGCAAUAUUCUUCCAACUCAAAUACUACUCGAUCUAUCGUCUCGUAUCCAAAGAAAUCACAACGCGAUACGGGCGGUCUGGCCCAGCAGCAUGGGGACCGCUUUCUCCGGAAGAUCUUCAGUCAGAACAUGCAGGCUGCUAUCGUCGCGUGGGGCUUUAGGACGCGGGUGUCUCAACAGCGGAAGUGGAUGGUCACCCAGGGGGAUCCGUAUGAGAGCCUGAUCCCCUGGGUACGCGGUCUAGUCCUUCUCCGUGAACUGGAAAAAAAUGGAGUUCACCUCUCGGUGGCAUGGAUCCGCCGGGCUUGCCGACAUCGCUUGGCAGUACUCUACGGACGGCAUGGGUUGGUCAAUCGUCGGAUGAACCGCAUGUUGCGGCACGAAAAUCCCUACAGCGUGGCGCGAGUCCUCGGGGACAUCAAUCUUGCCUGGGGCGAGCCAUCUUUGUUUGGGGACCGGGAGAUUCGCGAUACCAAAGGGUUGGUAAACCCUCCCAACCGGACGAGGCGGAGACGGGUUAAGAAGAUGAGGUCAGCUUACCUUCAGGGAGCGGGUUAUUCUCGGAUGAGAGAAUUGUAUAAUAGUAGUGCCAACCGGGACUCGCAUGUAUGA